CAUUAGUAGAGGAAGCCUAGUUUGUUGGAUAUUUAAAUUAGUUCAGCACAGUAUUCAGUACAGGAAUAGCUGCAUUAUGUCGGCGUCACUGAUACGAAGAGGGUUAGAACUGCUAAGCGACGACAUUAAAGACACGGGGAAGGAUAAGAAGAAGAAAGGGAAAAGCACGCAGAAGGUGCAGAUAAUGGACCUGAUCAGUUCUAAUCGAGAGGGCGUCUGUAAACAAGUCCGUCGAUUGCAAGGCCGCAGUGGUGCUGGAAAAAGCAAAGCCACUGUAAAAAACAAACACAUCAGAUCUGCUCUGGACGAGUAUAGGAAAAAGCAGAAGAAGAGUCACCUUGGUUCAAACUUGGAGUACUUCCUUGGAGCUAAAGAAAAAACACAGGAAAACAAUACAAAAAAGAUCCUGCUUCAGAAUUCUGGUCGACAAUCCCGCAACCAACCUGAUGUCCCUGUAAAGAAGCCACAGGAAGAAAAAUCACUGUUUACAGAGGAACAGUUCCAGAAAUUCCAAAAGGAAUAUUUUGGCAAUUUAUGAAAACUUUUGGACCACUUGAGAUC